AACUUCGGUUCGGGUGACCUCGGCCCGCCCCAAGCUCACGUCCCGAUCCUGCCUUGAGUGGCCCAGGGCGGGGGACCUGGAAGUUUUAGCCUCGCGGCUCCUGAGGCGGAUUAAGUAGCCCAAGAAACAUUAUAUUCAUGCUUAGGUGGAGAAAAGCAGGGCUAGAAUUGGAACCCAAAGCCCAGAAUGGCAGGAGAGGAUGCAGGGGCUCCACCCGAUCACCUCUGGGUUCACCAAGAGGGUAUCUACCGCGACGAAUACCAGCGCACGUGGGUGGCCGUCGUGGAAGAGGAGACGAGUUUCCUAAGGGCACGAGUCCAGCAAGUUCAGGUUCCCUUAGGUGACGCAGCUAGGCCGAGUCACCUUCUUACCUCCCAGCUACCUCUCAUGUGGCAACUCUACCCUGAGGAGCGCUACAUGGAUAACAACUCUCGCUUGUGGCAGAUCCAGCAUCAUUUAAUGGUCAGGGGAGUACAGGAGCUGUUGCUUAAGCUUUUGCCUGAUGAUUAACCUGGUGCUGGGAUUCUAGGAAGAUAUGCUCCUCUGUUCUGUUCAGUACAUGGCAAUCACUUCAUCCACCACUGCAGUGCACCCACCUGUGGGCCUGGGGGGAGGGAGUGGGUUGAACAACUGCUCAAGAACGCAGAAGCGUAGGAA